AUGAAACAAGCUGUAGUAUUCGUCCUAGAUUCCAAUGUAACAAUGGCAAAAGAAUACGAGAAUGGGAGUUCUCGGUUUGAUUGCGCCAAACAGGUGGCACAAGAUUUGAUUUGCGAUUUGAUGAUUCAAAGCAAGACCAACGAAGUCGGCGUGAUUGUCUUGAAAAGCAACACAACAAGACAUCACUUUUACGAACCUGACAGUGACAAUGAAGACACCAGCAUGGACGAUGACGAAGAAAUUCCCUAUCAAAACAUUUUGGAGUUUGGUGGAAGCGGAGACGCCGUCAUGGUGGCUCGGCCGACCCCCAGUUUGCUGCGCAAAAUUGAUAGCUUGCAAGUCAGUAAAGAGUCGGAAUCUCUGCGAGGUGACUUUUGUGAUGGUAUCAUUGUCGCUGCUGACUCCUUGUACAAGCGUACAAACAAGAAAAAAUAUCAAAGACGAAUUGUCCUCAUCACGGAUGCCGAACAUCGGGUAGAAGUGGACGGUGAACAACUUUCAGAAGUUUUGAAUGGACUUUGUGACUUGGAAUGUACGUUGGAAGUAAUUGGUUUGGACUUUGGAAAAGAAGCCAAGUUUAGCAAGCCAUCAGCUGGAGAAGAAACUGCAGUAAAAGUAGAACCUAAGCAGGACGAGAAGGAAGACGAUGAUAGUGCCACAGAUGCUGGGAGCGAGACUGACGCUGGGGAAGACAACGACGACGACGAAGAUGGCGGUGAGGUAGGUACAGCAUUGAUCAAGUCACAAAACGAGUCGCUAUUGAUUAGUAUGACCGAGAAGACCGGAGGAUAUGUCAUGGCCGCGAAGGAGCUAAAGGCCAUCUUUGCCACACUGCUCGGAAAGCGAAAGUCCAAAUCGACACGACGCAAAGUGGACUUUCAGAUCGCUCCUGGAGUAUCCAUGGAAUGUCGCUUUUCCUUAUUGCUAAGUAAAGCGACUCUCCCUUCGUUGAAAAAGAGGGUCGUUCCAGAUGACACUGCCUAUUCUCAAAAGCCCAAGAACGAAGACGAGGAUGACGCCAAAAAGUCAGACGAUGUCAGCCCCGAAGACAUGCUAAAUAUGAAGAGAAUCGAAUCUCACUUUGACGCGGAAAACGAAGAAGUUGAAAUUACCAACCGCGGACAAGCCUACAAGUACGGAAGCGAUUUGGUCCCAAUGAGUGCCUACGAUAUGGGUGGGUUGACAGCCAUCUCGGACGUCAAGCUGAAAAUCAUUGGAUAUAUACCCAAUUCCAGAGUCCCCAAGGCAUUUUGCGUGGGGCCACCCUAUAUUCUAUCGGGAGCCGACUCUCGAAAGGCGUGCGCUGCUGUUUCAGCUCUGGCACGAGGUUUGGAACGUACCAAGAAAGUGGCCAUUGCCAGCUUUGUCCAAAUGAAGAAUAGAGAUCCUUCCCUGGUUGGCAUUUUUCCAAAUGUCUCUCAAUUGCGAGAGGGAAAGUCUCUAGAGGAAAUGACUGAAGAAGAGAAACUGGCAGAGAAAGCCAAAUACGAAAACCCGGUGGACUUGAUCAUAUUCAAGCUUCCAUACAUGGGAGAUGUUGUAGUGCCCGGCCGGAUUCCGUUGGAAGAACACGACAAAUCCAAGGAAAAAGUUUGUGACGACCUCAUUGAUGCACUCACAUUGGAGGGCGAUCAACUGGAUUAUACUAGAAUUGCAAAUCCCAUGAUUCGAUCCUACUGGAAGACGGUGGUGGCUCGUGUCAAGGAUCCGGAACAUGAGCUCGUCAUGGCACGGAAUGAAAAGGAGGACGAAAUUGCUACACCGGAAAAAGUCUUGGAGGGAGCCAAAGGAGCUUUGGAUGCUUUCUACGAAAGUUUCCCCCUACCCCCCGCCAAUCGCAAAACUGCCAAGAAGUAA